AUGCCUCAGAAUUACUGCCUGGAGGCGGAAAGCGGCUCCCUGGUGGGCAAGCUGGCGGAGGAUGCGGGGCUGCCGCCGGCGCAGCUCUCGGCUCGCCGCGCCCGCCUGGUGUCGGAGGACGGCCGGCAGCAUUUUCGCUUGGAGCGCGCCUCCGGCCGCCUGCUGGUGGCGGGGAGGCUGGACCGGGAGCAGCUGUGCGGCCAGUCCGCCACCUGCAUGCUGCCCUUCGAGCUGCUGCUCUCCAGCCCCCUGCAGUUCUUUCGCGUCGAGGUGACUCUGGAGGACAUCAAUGACCAUUCACCUGUUUUCCGAGAAGACCGAGUCACUUUUGAUAUCCCGGAAACGAGCGACACGGGCUCUCGUUUCCCACUGGAGGUUGCUCAGGAUCUCGAUAUUGGCAGCAACACAGUUCAGGCGUACAGCAUCUCUCCUGAAAACGAGUAUUUCACUGUCUCCUAUGGAAGUCGGACUGAGGCUGACAAAUAUCUUGAACUUGUUUUGGAAAAGCCACUAGAUAGAGAGAAGGAGGCAGAGAUUGGUUUCAGUGUUAUUGGUGUGGAUGGGGGCUCUCCUCCUAGAAGUGGGACUAUCGAGAUCUCUGUUAUCAUUCUAGAUGUAAACGACAAUGCUCCCAAAUUCACACAAGAACGUUAUAUUGGGAAGGUUCUGGAGAACAUGCCAGAAGGCUCUGUGGUUCUGACUGUGCUGGCAACUGAUCCAGAUGCAGGAGUUAAUGGGGACAUCUCCUAUCAACUCAACGAAGGAGUUCACCAGAGCAACUCAGCAUUUGUGAUUGAUCCCUUAACUGGUGAAAUUAAACUCACAAAACCUCUGGACUUUGAGGCAGCCAACACUCACGAGCUCACUGUUAGGGCCAGAGAUGGUGGAGGACUCUCAGCAAUCUGCAAGGUGUUGGUGGAGGUGGUGGAUGUGAAUGACAAUGCCCCAGAGGUGGUGGUCAGUUCCUUCAGCAGUCCCCUCCCCGAGAACACAGUGCCCGGCACGGUGGUUGCCCUGUUCUCGGUCAGGGACCGGGAUUCUGGUGCCAACGGGAAGAUCUCCUGUGCCCUGGAGGAUGAGCUGUCCUUCUCCCUGCGGGCAGCCUAUAAGAAUUACUAUGAGCUGGUGACAGUGAGCGCGCUGGACCGGGAGGAGAGGCCUCAGUACAUCGUGAGUGUGACGGCAGCAGAUGCGGGCUGGCCUCCUCUGAGCACCACGCAGACCUUCACGGUGGAGAUCUCGGAUGUCAACGACAACGCCCCCGUCUUCAACCAGAGCUCCUACACCAUGUACGUGCGUGAGAACAGUGCGGCCGCGGUGUUUGUUGGAGCCGUGAGCGCUGCAGAUGCUGACGUGGGGCUGAAUGGCAAGGUGAGCUAUUCCCUGGCAGCAGAGCAAGGGGCGGAGCGGCCCUGGUGCUCCUGCCUGUCUGUGGACUCGGAGAAGGGGCACGUGUUUGUGCUGCGGCCCCUGGACUACGAGCACUUGAGGCAGACGGAGGUGACGGUCAGUGCCUCUGACGCGGGCUCUCCUCCCCUGCGAGCCAACGUCACCGUCCGCCUGGUCGUGCUGGACGAGAAUGACAACGCCCCGCUCGUGCUGUACCCAGCCCAGGAGAGCAGCCCAGGCUCCAGCGAGCUGGUGCCCGUGUGGGCCGAGGCGGGCUACCUGGUCAGCAAAGUGGUGGCCGUGGAUGCGGACUCGGGCCAGAACUCCUGGCUCUCGUUCCAGCUGCUGAGGGCCAGCGAGCCAGGGCUGUUCUCCGUGGGCCUGCAAAGCGGGGAGGUGCGUCUGAGGAGGCCGGUGACAGAGAGAGACAGCGUGAAGCAGAAGCUGGUUGUGCUGGUGAGAGACAACGGCAAGCCCCCGCUGUCAGCCACGGCAGCUCUGAGCGCUCUCCUGCUCAAGGACUUCUCAGAGGUGCGCCUGCCGCACAGCAGCCCGGCCUCCGAGGACCAGGGCGGCUCCCUGACCACCUAUUUGAUCAUUGCCUUGGUCUUUGUCUCACUGCUCUUCCUCGUCUCCAGCGCCGUCUUGGUGGCUCGCAAGGUGUGCGGGAGGCAGGAGCUGAAGGCUGGCCCUGUGCUUUAUGCUGCCGACACCUUGCAGAGCGGCCUGGCCGAUGCAGCCGCUGCAGGGACCCUGCCCCGCGCCUAUUGCUACGAGAUCAGCCUGACCACGGGCUCGGGCAACAGCGAGUUCAAAUUCCUCAAGCCCAUCGUGCCCAGCCUGCCCCCUCAGCACUGCGCCGUGGGCCAGGGCCCGGAUGAGGAACAGGAUUUCCCCGGUGUCCCUGUCAGCAGCGAGGACAUGGCCCCAGACACUGCUGGGGCUCUCUCUGCAGGACAGUUCAACGCUCUUUCCGGCCCGGCCCGGCCCGGCCCGGCCCGGCUUAGAGCAGCGCAGCGCAGCCGGGCGGAGGUGGCAGCGGCUGCGGCAGCGAGCGCUGCCCCGUGUCCCCCGCUGCCGGGACAGCCCGGCUGCAGAGGUUGCGGAGCGCCGGCCGCAAUCUGA